AAAUGAAGGUCCAUCAAUGGCCAUCUGAAUUAGGGUUUCUUCUGUCAGGGUUGAGUCUGAGGGGGAGUGGUGCAGCAGCUCUGAAGCUAGUUAAACUAGUGGAAGGCUGUUUGCUUGAAUAAUCGCCAUGGCAAGAGGGAAAGUGCAGUUGAAACGCAUCGAGAAUCCAGUGCAUAGGCAGGUUACCUUCUGCAAGCGCCGGGCAGGCUUGCUCAAGAAGGCCAGGGAGCUGUCCACUCUGUGUGAUGCUGAUAUUGGGGUCAUCAUCUUCUCCACCCAUGGCAAGCUCUACGACCUCUCCACAAAUGGAACCAUGCAGGAGUUGAUUGAGAGGUACAUGAAAUCAUCACAUGGAGCUCAAACUGAACAACCUGAAAAUGUAAAUCAUCCUCCGGAUGUUCAACAUGAAAUAAAUCUACUGAAGCAAGAGAUCAAUACCUUACAAAAAGCAAUAAGGUUCAUGUUCGGCGAUGGGACUGGCAGCAUGACACUUGAUGAAUUACAUGUGCUUGAGAGGAAUCUCGAAGUUUGGAUUUGUCAAAUUCGCUCGACCAAGAAUCAAAUCAUGUUUCAAGAACUCCAGUUACUGAAGAAUAAGGAGGACACACUUAUGGCAGCCAAUGAAUUACUUCAACAACAGUUGCAGGAGCAAAGCAGCACCUGCGGUAUACCCUUAUUCAAGGGAGGAAUUCAUGGAAUUCCAUACCCACUAACCCUACAUAACGAGGCCUUCCAAGUGUAGGAACUUUUAGUGUGACUUACUAAUAAGGUUUAAGUGUUUGAAGACUUGAUAAAUGACUAUAGAUUGUGAGCUUUAGAUAAUUUAUAUUGUAGAAGACCAUUGUUAGGCACAUAGACAUAUAUUUUGUGUAUAUUUGUGUGGUUGUAGUAAACAAACGUGUUCUCUAAUGUCCUACUUUAGAGGAGGUGGUAGUGUGGUAAGAGGAGGUAACAAUGCUCAA